AUGGGCCCAAAGAAGAAGCCUGCUGGCCCAGGCGGCCCGAAGCCGGGCACGAAGCAAGCAAAGGCCGCCGCGGAAAAAACCUCGGACAAGAAGCCUGUCACAGAGGAGCCAAAGAAGCCCUCGGUGAAAGAGGUUAUUGGGGGCGCAUCAUGGACGGGCAAGCUCCCGGUCAAUAUGCUAUCGGAGCAUUGUCAGAAGCAAAAGUGGGAGAAACCAGAAUACAGCAUGAUUCAAACUCGUGAUGGUUACGUAUCGACAGUGACGCUCAAGAAGAUAGACCCUAAAUCUAAGGAAUUAAUCGUGCUUCCUCCUUUGAAACUCCCUCCGACAUAUAAAGUGCUCGCGGGACAACCCACGGCUUUGGAGGCUCGUCAUUUCGCUGCGGCCUUUGGGCUCUACCGAGUAUGCAACAUGCGCAACCUACACAUGAUGAUGCCUCCCAAGUACAAAGAUCUCUGGCGGGGCGAAUUUGCAGAAAUCAAGGCACUGGAAACAAGAGAAGGAAAGGGUUGGCUGUAUGAGGCGGAUCCAUUCCUUGCUAAGCAGGAGCGUGAGAGCGCUGCAGCUGAGCUGGAGAAGAAAAAAGCCGAGCGCGCAAAGAUGCAAUCGAAAGAGAAAGCCUCGGCACAGGACAUUGGGCUUGGAGGAGGCGCUGACUCUAAGAGUAAGCGCAUCUGGUCGCAAGCCCCGAAGGUGGACAUGGGCGCUCGGAUCCGACGUGAGAUUGAAAGUCUUCUGCGGCAGCACACAGUUUGGAAUCCACACGGGGUUGUUAUACCGGAUGUUGAGAAAAAGCGCAUUCUUGAGGAGUUCUCACAACUUGGAUUUCGACGGAGUCAUGUCGAGGAAGCCGUGCUCGAAUGCAAAGAUCGCGAAGAGGUGUUAGAAUGGCUCUUGGUCUACGUACCGGAGGAUGACCUUCCUCAAUGGAGUCUGCCUGAGGGAUAUUCGGCCGGUGUCAGCCUCGCUUCCGGGGAUCUCGCACGAGAGGCGAAAAUCAAGCGCCUUCUGUCUAUUGGGUACCCAGCAGAUCUUUGCUCCCAGGUGCUCGACACCAAGAGUGGGGACGAGUAUGCCGCUGCGGAGUUUCUUCAACGGGCGUUGGCGCAUGGAUCCUCAGUUGGAACUGACGCUGUUGAAGGCGGCGAUAUCGCUGCAUGGUCCGAAGAGCAGGAUACACUUGAAGCCAUUUUUGGCGAACGCUACACUCGCGUUGCCCCUCAAGUCUGCGAGAUCAAGAGCGAGGCGCCUGAAAUACCGGAGAGCACUGUGUUCCGCUUUCAGGCGCCCUCUGCCCAUUAUCCCUCAGUAACUCCAGUCAUAUCAAUUCAAGCGAAGGGUAUCCCGGCCUACAUCAGACUGAGCGCCAUUCGGCAGGCAGUGCAGCAUGCUGAAAACCACUUCACUGGCGAGCCCAUGGUCUUCAACAUCAUGGACUGGUUGGAGGUCAACUUACCAAGUAUCAUGACCAACCCAGGAAAACUUCGCGACAUCUCUUCCGUCACGUCUUCCGCAGCUACAGAGGCGAGGCAUGUUUCAAUCAGAACUUCCCGUAAGCAGCGUAAGGGCAUUGACUGGACCCCGAACUCUGCGCAAAGCUUGUCCAUCCGUGAAGCAUGGGAAACGAAGCAAAACACGCCAGCUCACGUUUCGAUGUGUCAAAAGCGAAAGGCUCUCCCUGCAUGGAACACUCAAGAGGAAAUCAUCUAUACCGUGGAUAAUUACCAGGUCACAAUCAUUUCGGGAGAGACUGGUAGCGGUAAAAGUACGCAGUCAGUACAGUUCGUCCUCGAUGAGAUGAUCAGACGCGGUCUCGGAGGAGCUGCGAACAUCGUGUGUACUCAGCCUCGGAGAAUUUCCGCUCUGGGACUGGCAGACCGAGUCAGUGAUGAGCGCUGUUCAACCGUCGGCGAUGAAGUUGGUUACAUCAUCCGCGGCGAGUCCAAGGUCAAGCAAGGAACCACGAAAAUCACCUUUGUCACCACCGGAGUUCUGCUACGUCGCAUUCAAUCCGGGGGCGACGCAGAUGGCAACAUUGCCAGCUCUCUCGCAGAUGUCUCGCAUGUGGUAGUGGAUGAAGUGCACGAGCGAAGUCUAGACACUGACUUCCUUCUUGCCUUGCUUCGUGACGUGUUGCGUCACCGCAAGGAUUUGAAGGUCAUUCUGAUGUCGGCAACUCUGGAUGCGAACAUCUUCAUGGACUAUUUCGGAGGUUCGAAGCGUGUUGGGCUGGUCAACAUUCCAGGACGCACUUUCCCGGUCCAGGACUUUUACCUGGAUGAUGUGAUCAGAGACACUGGGUUCGCGCCUGAGCUUGGCGACAAUUAUGACGACGAAGUAGAUGCGCCCCAAGCAGAUGUCUCCUUAGGCAAGGCGCUUCGCAGCGUUGGCAUGGGCAUCAAUUAUGAUCUGAUUGCGUCCACUGUGGAGUAUAUCGAUCAUAAACUCGGUGAUAAUUCUGGAGGCAUUCUCAUCUUCUUGCCUGGCACACUAGAGAUCGACCGAUGCUUGAAGGCAGUCCAAAGGAUUCCAAACGCACAUCCUCUUCCGCUUCACGCUUCUCUGCUGCCGGCGGAACAGCGACGAGUCUUCCAGAGCCCACCGAAGGGUAAGCGUAAAGUCAUUGCCGCUACCAACGUCGCCGAGACCUCCAUCACUAUCGAGGAUGUUGUCGCCGUCAUUGACACUGGUCGUGUCAAAGAGACGAGUUAUGACCCCAGAGACAACAUGGUGCGACUCCAGGAAGUCUGGGCCUCGCAAGCAGCAUGUAAGCAGCGACGUGGUCGUGCUGGUCGUGUGCGUGCUGGUAUUUGUUACAAACUCUACACACGCAAAGCCGAGUCCAGCAUGGCACCACGGCCAGACCCAGAAAUCCGCCGUGUUCCCCUGGAGCAACUCUGUCUUUCUGUCAAAUCAAUGAAGGGUAUUGAGGAUGUCGCCCGAUUCCUCGCAAACACAAUCACUCCACCAGAGAGCAUCGCUGUGGAGGGAGCGCUGCAAUUCUUGCACAGGGUCGGUGCUCUGGACCAUGAUCGUCUGACUGCUCUGGGCCGCUACCUCGCCAUGAUUCCCGCCGACCUGCGCUGUGCCAAGCUCAUGAUCUAUGGAUCAAUUUUCGGAUGCAUGGAAUCUUGUUUGACCCUUUCCGCAAUUCUCACCGUGAGAAGCCCGUUCGUAUCACCUCGCGAGAAACGCGAGGAGGCCGAUGCCGCAAAGGCUUCAUUCUCUCGCCCCGGAGACGGUGACCUGUUAACGGAUCUUGCUGCUUAUCAAGCCUGGACUGAGAAGUCAAAAACCCAUGGCCAUUGGCAAUCACAAUCGUGGUGUGGUGCCAAUUUCCUGUCUCACCAAACAUUGCGUGACAUUUCGUCCAACAGGGCUCAAUUUGUCACGUCGCUCAAGGAUGCGGGCGUUCUACCUGUGACCUAUAGCGAAGCUUCACCGGCACUGAAUCGCAACAGCUCAAACAAGAAUCUACUUCGUGCAUUGAUCGCCGGCGCAUUCCAGCCCCAGAUCGCACAAAUCUCAUUCCCCGACAAAAAGUUCGCCAGCUCAGUCACAGGAACUGUCGAAGUCGAUCCCGAUGCUCGCACAAUCAAAUACUUCAACCAAGAGAACGGACGGGUCUUCAUUCACCCCAGCUCUAUCCUAUUCUCAGCCCAAGGGUACCCCACAGGAACAGCUUACCUUGCCUACUUCACUAAGAUGGCAACGAGCAAAGUUUUUGUUCGCGACCUCACGCGUAAGUUUUUGUUGUCCCCCCCCAUAUCAGCGCAACUAACCAUCAUUACUAAUCCCUUUCACGCCACCGCAGCAUUUAACGCAUACUCUCUUCUUCUAUUUUGCGGCUCCAUCGCCUUGGAUACUGUAGGCCGCGGUCUGGUGGUAGACGGCUGGCUCCGGCUACGUGGGUGGGCCCGCAUCGGUGUUUUGGUGUCGCGACUGCGAACCAUGCUGGACGAGGCACUGCAAGCUCGUAUUGACAAUCCGGCAUCGGGAGGAUCAAGUGCCGCUGGAGACCAAGUCAUUGAGACGGUGAGAAAGUUGAUUGAGCUCAAUGGGCUUGACCAGUGA